AACCGCGCGGGCCGCAGGCGCGUUGAUAAUACACGUUAGGCUAAAAGUCUUUCGAAUUUCAAAAAAAGAAUAGGUACCCUUCUUUAAAAAAAAUCCCGCUUUUCAAUUACGUCACGCAUCUUUAAUUUUUUUUAACCCGAAAAACUUUUGGAAAAGUUUGUUUUGAAGUUUGAUUUUUAUUUUUCAAAGAAUUAUUAUUUGUGUUUUGUUUUUGUUCAGUUAUGUGGUAACUUGAUUCUUUUUUCAAAAUGGUUUUCAUAUUUUGGUUGUUGUUUUACUCGGUGUUGUGAAGUGUUUCUUUUGGGGUGAAUUUGGAGUUUUUUUAAUGCUUUUUUGGACCUUUUAAAGCAAAAUGAAGCUUUUUUGGAAAGUUUUGUGCACUCUACUGGUCCUGGUGGACGCCGUCAUGGGUAACUGGUGGAAUUUAGCAGCACCGAGUAGACCCAUCCAGUCUUCUAACACUUCUUUAGAAAUCUUUACAACACUACACAAAGAAAGCUGUCAUAGAUUAGAAUACUUGGUCGAGCGACAAAAGCAAUUAUGUAUGCUAUCUGAUAAAAUGGUGCAGGUAAUACAAACAGGAGCACAGCAGGCAAUUGAAGAGUGUCAGCAUCAGUUUCGAAACAGCCGUUGGAACUGCAGCACCGUUGACAAUUCUACUGAUAUUUUUGGCGGGGUGCUAAAAUUUAAAUCUCGCGAAUCUGCUUUCGUCCACGCCCUGUCUGCAGCAGCAUUAGCACAUACAGUUGCACGAGCUUGCAGUCGAGGCGAACUAAAUGAGUGUUCUUGCGAUGCUCGUGUGAGAAAACGCACGCCGCGGCAUUGGCAGUGGGGAGGCUGUUCAGAGGACAUAAGAUACGGGGAGAAGUAUAGCCGGGACUUUGUAGACGCUAAAGAGGACAGGGAAACUGAUGAAGGUCUGAUGAAUCUACACAAUAACGAAGCUGGUCGUAGAGCUGUGCGUGGUCGCAUGCAGCGCGUGUGCAAGUGCCACGGCAUGUCGGGCUCGUGUUCCGUGCGCGUGUGCUGGCGCCGCCUGCCGCAGCUGCGGCUGGUGGGCGACGUGCUGAGCACCAGGUACGAGGGCGCUUCACAUGUUAAGGUCGUAGAAAGAAAAAGAGGUAAAAAUAUAAGAAAACUGCGACCGCUCCAUCCAGAUAUGAAAAAACCGAAUAAAACUGAUCUAGUCUAUUUGGAAGAUUCUCCUGACUACUGUGAGCCGAAUGAUGAGUUAGGGAUAUUGGGCACUCGGGGAAGGACUUGCAACAGGACCUCGGCCGGGUUGGACGGGUGUCGAUUGCUUUGUUGCGGUCGCGGAUACCAAACCAGAGUGAGAGACCACGAAGAGAAAUGCAGAUGCCGGUUUGUUUGGUGCUGUCGAGUGCAUUGUGAAAUUUGUCGAUCCAAACGGGAUCACCAUGUUUGUAAUUGAAUAAAGACACUCAUUUGUUAUGUUGACCAGUUAUUUUAAAAGUUGCUCUGGACAAGGAUGAUUAAUCCUGUUUGAAGAAAGAGAAGAUUGAUUUAGCAAAGAUUUUUUAAAAUGAUUUUAAAAAAGAAAUACAUUUUUAUUUUGAGUUUCAUUACUUUAACCCCAUUAAUAAUAAUUAUUAUUAAUUAUUAUUAUUAGAAUGUCCUUUAACAAAGAAGAUAAAUUGUUGAUUAAAAUAACUCAAUUUUUAAACGUUUUUAAAAUCAUUUGACACUAUUGUAACUUUAUUUUAGUUACGAAAGAAAAUGUUAUAAGUACAGUUCAUAAGUUCAAGCACUGUGUACUUAAUUGUAAUAUGAAAACAAGAUUUGAAUUUACUGCAAGAUUAGCAAGAGUAUUAUAAUUAAUAUAAACAAUAAGUUUUUAUAAUAAGAUCUUCAAAGUUAUUUUAAUAUUCAUUGUUAUAAGUAUCUAUUCAAUGAUAAUAAUAUUGAUUAAUUUUUGAAGUAAUAAAUAAUAUGAAAUGGUUCAAGUGCGACUUACCAAUUGCAAAAUACGGACUGAUAUGUUUAGUUACUUGUUUUCUGAUUAUAAGCUUUAAAAAUUCUACAGUAUUACCAACUAAUUUAUUUUAUUUUACGUAUUUAAUGUAAAUAUUACUCGCAAAGUUGUAAAUAGAAUUUUCGUUGCUAGGUUAUUUUAGUUAUCAGUACAAAACUACAAAAUGAACGACGAAAUACUUCCAAAUGGUUGUAAAAAGUAAUAUUUUGCCAAUUCUUUUCAACAAAACUUAUAUACAAAGUAUUUUCUGACCACAUUAGUCUAAAAUGGUUGGUGGCCCAUGAGUUUUGGAUUUAACUUUUCAUGAUAAAAUUUGAAAGUCAGAACUUUGUACUUUUUUGUCAAGCAAGUUAAAUCUAUGUUUUUUAGUGUUUAAGUGCUAACUUAAAAUAUUUUCGUGGCAAUUUAUUACUUUAUUUUGUAGUGGAUUGUAUCUACGUCGAUUGUAAAUAGUCACUAUGUACUUAAUGUACCUACUGAUUAGAGUUAAAUUAUUUUACGUUCUACCUCAGAAACGAAAUCUUUUUAACCAGCUUCAAUGAUUUUAGUUGUUUAAGGGAGACGUAAGCUCGAAUAGUCUUUGAAUCAUUAAUUGUUGAUUGUAAAUAAACAUUAUCGUACUAAGUUAGUAAUUUAUUGAAUUAGAUUGUGAUAGCUUUAUAGUUUAUAUAAUUAUACUCUAAGAACUUAACCAGUGGAAGCAUUAGUAUGUCGUAAUUUCAAAGUUUUUCACUUUCUAUAGUUUUGUAGAUUUAACCGUUGUAAAUACUCCAUAGUGAAUAUAGUAAUUGUUGUACAUCGUUUGUAUUAUCUUUAUUAUAAGGUUCAUAACUUGCAUUUGUUCUAAUCUAAACAAUUGUCUGUGGAGUUAUGAUACCUAUUGUCAAAAAUCACUAAAUGACCCCCAAGAAACUAUCAUUGAGCCUAAAAUAUAAUUGUUUUAUUGUAGGUAUUUUGAAUUUACUGAGUAAUUAUUUACAAUAAUAUGAUACUUCAAUUCAAUUCUGUCUGUCUCCUAAAGUAAAAAAUUAAAUAAAAUUGACUAAGGCCCGGUUUUACCUAAAAUGUGUACAAUCAACCAAUCAUAACAUUAAAAAUUAUCAUAUUGUCAUCUUUUAAAAAUCGAUUGAAACAUUUCCUCUCCGCCCCAUUUAGGUGGAAACGGGGUCUAAAUAUUAAAUAUAUAUGUCGCAGAAAAAUGGUAUUAACCGGGAUUUCACCAUAUCCCUUAGGGAAAUGGUCAAACCUCGCGAGAUGUUUAAAACGACAACUCAGACUAUUUCACUAAAAUAUAGUAUGUUUAAGUCAAUUGUUAAAUGUUUGAAACAAAACAAGAAAGCAAACGUAUUUAUUCCGCAGAUCAAUUACAGCUAAUUCGUAUUAUUAAGAUUAAAUAAAGUCAAAAUAUUGUCCAUUUAAAAUUAUUAAUAUUGUAACAUUAGAUCUUAACUGACUUGACUCUUAAGAAGUCUAUACCAAAUGUUAAUGUUAUUUAGAUAAUAAUAUUAUAUGUGUGCAAUCGGCAAGAUGAGAAGUCGAUCAAUUUUCGAUAUUUUUCGAAUCGAUGUUCGAGGAAACGAUAAAGAAUUACUGAAAUAUUUCAAAACGAUGUUGCGGAUUGUGCACAUGUCCAAUGCGAUAUUGUCAAGACCUCUAGCUUAAUCAUUUUUGGAUAUGGAAUAGUUACUAUUUGGCGUAAAUAAAUGUAUCAUAAACGAU